UGAAACAACAAACUGUGUGUAUCAAAAGCGGUUGUUGUGGGCACACUCAAAUGAACAAUUAUUGUACAAACUAUAUAUCCUUUUAAGUCUCUAAACAGUCCUUUAUAUAUACUGAACUGUUCAAAUUCACUCAAAUUAAGUCCGUAGCCUCUACCAAUUUCACUAUAUUCUUCUUUCAUUUCGAAAUUAGAGUCUCGUUUUGAUAUUAUUCCUCUUAUUUUUAUACUAAAACUAUUGUAAAUGAUGACUAGCGAAAGCAAAACAGCAAAUGCCAUAGGAGGAAAAACAGCUAGAGCUUGUGAUAGCUGUUUAUCAAAGAGGGCUCGUUGGUUUUGCCCAGCUGAUGAUGCUUUUCUUUGUCAAUCCUGCGAUGUUUCAGUUCAUUCGGCGAACCAAUUGGCGAGUCGCCAUGAACGUGUUCGUCUCGAAACAUCUUCUAACAAAUCUACCAAAUUAGUCGACCACACUUAUCAACCUGCUUGGCACCAGGGAUUUACCCGUAAGCCCAGAACGCAGAGGAAUGGAAGAAAGGCACAAAUCAGGCAACGGAAAAAGGAAGAAGAAAAUCGGGUCCCGGAAAUUGGCAGCGAAGAAAACUCACCUGAUGAAAACGAAUUCGAAAACGAAGAGCAGCUUCUUUAUCGGGUACCGGUUUUCGAUCCGUUUGAAGCAGAACUGUGCAAUGUGCCAGAUGAAGCCGGAUCUAUUACUGACUUGGACAUCUUGUUGAACACUGAAGAUGCAUGCGAUGAUUUGAACCUUCCUGAAUUUCUUUCAUCUGAUAUUGAGCUUGCUGAAUAUGCUGCCGAUGUUGAAACCUUUUUGGGAUCAGGCGAAGAAGAACAGAGUACUCGGUUAUUAAUUGCGGGUGUUGAAGAUAACAAGGCGAUUAAAAUUGAAGUUGAAGAUGAAGAAAUGAGAGCUGUUGUUGCUUGUCAUUUGGAUCCUGAAUUGGACAUGGAAAGGGAAGCACUGAAUUGGAACUUUGAUGAAUAUUAUGAAGAAACAGUUGAACAGAAAGCAGUAGCAGUAACAGAAUUUAUCCCUAGUGCAGAGUACAGUGGUUGCAGUAGUAAAGCUGAUGAAAAAAAGAGGCUGUUUCUCAGGCUUAAUCAUGAGGCGGUUAUUAGUGCUUGGCCAAAUCAAUCUUCGCCAUGGACAAAUGGAAUCCGACCCCAUUUCAAUCCUGAUGACUACUGGACUGAUUUCUCGGAAACAUGUGGAGGUAGUAAUCAAGGAUAUUAUGGUGGGCAUGUAAGAGGUGGCGAUGGAGGAAGAGAAGCGAGGGUAUCGCGUUACAGAGAGAAGAGACGGACAAGAUUGUUUUCCAAGAAAAUUCGAUAUGAAGUUAGGAAAUUGAAUGCAGAAAAAAGGCCUCGGCUUAAAGGACGAUUCAUUAAAAGGACAUCAUCGUCGUUUUCAGCGCCUGGUUUUCCUUACCUGAUGAAUAAACGAUGAUGAUGAAUUGAUCUUGCAUGCAGUAGAUAGAAUUUGUAUUAUAACCAUCCCCAUUUUGCUUCCACUAGCAAUCUGGAACGACUUAGGUUCUUUUAUUAUAACCUAUGUUUUUAUUCAAUCAAUAAAAUAAUUAAUUCACCUUUGUUUUU